AUGCCACUCUUCUUCCGCAAGCGGAAACCCAGCGAGGAGGCUCGGAAACGCCUGGAGUACCAGAUGUGCCUGGCAAAAGAAGCUGGCGCGGAUGAUAUUCUUGACAUCUCUAAAUGUGAGCUUUCAGAGAUUCCAUUUGGAGCUUUUGCAACAUGCAAAGUUCUACAGAAGAAGGUUUUGAUUGUCCAUACUAAUCACCUCACCUCCCUACUUCCUAAGUCCUGCAGCCUGCUGAGUCUUGUAACCAUCAAGGUUCUGGAUCUUCAUGAUAAUCAGCUGACAGCCCUUCCUGAUGAUAUAGGGCAGCUGACAGCCCUCCAGGUCUUGAAUGUAGAAAGGAAUCAGCUGUCAUAUCUCCCACGUUCCAUUGGGGACCUGAUCCAGCUGCAAACCCUCAAUGUGAAAGACAACAAACUCAAGGAGCUUCCAGACACCUUGGGGGAACUUCGGAGUUUACGAACUCUUGACAUCAGUGAAAAUGAGAUUCAGAGAUUGCCGCAGAUGCUGGCUCAUGUUCGAACCCUAGAGACGCUCAGCCUCGAUGCCUUGUCCAUGGUCUACCCGCCACGGGAGGUGUGCAGUGCUGGCACCGAGGCCAUCCAGCAGUUCCUCUGCAAAGAGUCUGGACUGGAAUACUACCCUCCUUCUCAGUACCUGCUGCCUGUUCUGGAGCAAGAUGGAGCCGAGAACUCCCGAGAUAGCACUGAUGGGCCCACAGACAGACUCUCAAGGGAGGAGCUAGCAUGGCAGAAUAGGUUCUCAGACUAUGAGAAGAGGAAGGAGCAGAAGAUGCUGGAGAAACUCGAAUUUGAACGGCGCCUGGAACUUGGCCAAAGAGAGCAUGCGCAGCUUCUUCUGCAGAGCAGUAGUCAGAAGGAUGAGAUCCUGCAGACUGUCAAGGAGGAGCAGUCCCGGCUGGAGCAGGGCCUGAGUGAGCGCCAGCGCUACCUUGAUGGUGAGAGGCAGCGGCUGCACGAGCAGCUGAAGCAGACAGAGCAGAACAUCUCACACAGGAUCCAGAAACUCCUGGAGGACAAUCAGAGGCAAAAAAAAAGUUCGGAGAUUUUGAAGUCACUGGAAAAUGAGAGAAUAAGAAUGGAACAGUUGAUGGCCAUAACCCAGGAGGAGACAGAGAAUCUGCGGCGACGUGAGAUUGCCUCCGCCAUGCAGCAGAUGCUGACCGAGAGCUACAAGAACCGACUUAUCCAGAUGGCUUACGAGUCUCAGAGGCAGAACUUGGUCCAGCAGGCCUGUUCCAGCAUGGCUGAAAUGGAUGAGCGGUUCCAGCAGAUUUUGUCGUGGCAGCAGAUGGAUCAGAAUAAAGCUAUCAGCCAGAUCCUGCAAGAGAGCACCAUGCAGAAGGCCGCCUUUGAGGCUCUCCAGGUGAAGAAGGACCUCAUGCACCGGCAGAUCAGGAACCAGAUUAAGUUAAUAGAAACUGAGUUAUUGCAGCUGACACAGCUGGAGUUAAAGAGGAAAUCCCUGGACACAGAGGCACUACAGGAGAUGGUCUCCGAGCAGCGUUGGGCUCUCAGCAACCUGCUCCAGCAGCUGCUCAAGGAGAAGAAGCAACGAGAGGAAGAGCUCCAAGACAUCCUAUCGGAAUUAGAAGCUAAAAGCGAAACCAAGCAAGAAAAUUACUGGCUGAUUCAAUAUCAACGACUUUUGAACCAGAAACCCUUAUCCUUGAAGCUGCAGGAAGAAGGCAUGGAGCGCCAGCUGGUGGCCCUCCUGGUGGAGCUCUCAGCUGAGCACUACCUGCCCAUCUUUGCCCAUCACCGUAUCUCACUGGACAUGCUGAGCAGGAUGAGCCCUGGGGACCUGGCCAAGGUGGGCAUCUUGGAAGUUGGCCUGCAGCACGAGAUCCUACGAAGAGUCCAGGAGCUGCUGGAUACAACCAGGAUCCAGUCAGGACUGCCGAAACCACCCAAGGGUGAGGUCCCUGAAGCCCCAGAGCUCCCCACCGCCCCCCAGGAGCCUCUUGAGCCAGUGAGGCCAUCGGCUCCUCCUGCCGAGCUGGAAGCACAGACCUCAGAGUGUGUUGUGUGUCUGGAAAGAGAGGCCCAGAUGAUCUUCCUCAACUGUGGCCACGUCUGCUGCUGCCAGCAGUGCUGCCAGCCACUGCGCACCUGCCCCCUGUGCCGCCAGGAGAUCGCCCAGUGCCUCCGGAUCUACCACAGCAGCUGA